CGACACAAUGGGUAAGAUCAUUUUCUACGAGGACAGGAACUUCGAAGGUCGCUCUUAUGAGUGCAGCAGCGAGUGCGCUGACCUACAUUCGCACUUUAGUCGCUGCAACUCCAUCAGAGUGGACAGUGGUAACUGGAUGGUCUAUGAGAGACCCAACUACAUGGGCUACCAGUACUUCCUGAGGAAGGGCGAAUAUCCAGACUACCAGCGCUGGAUGGGAUUCAACGACUGCGUGAGAUCCUGCCGUAUGAUCCCUAUGCACCAAGGCACUCACAGACUGAUGAUCUACGAGCGCCCAGAAUUUGGAGGACAGAUGAUGGAGCUGACUGAUGACUGCCCCUCCCUGUAUGAACGCUUCCAUUUCAAUGACAUCUACUCCUGCAACGUAAUGGAUGGCUACUGGAUCUUCUACGAGCAUCCUCAUUACAGGGGACGCCAGUACCUGAUACAUCCUGGUGAAUACAGGAGGUUUCAUGAGUGGGGAGGCAUGAGUCCCAGGGUUGGAUCCAUCAGACGCAUCAUUAUGUGAGAAAACCGAAGAUAUUUCAUGUGAAAUA